AUGGAGGAUAAACAGUGCAAACUACUGCUCAGUGAGUGCUGCAAGGGGAAUUAUGCAGCCCCCGUUAUAAGUAUGAAUAUAGAGAGUGAUCAAGCGUAUGAAGAGGGAAAUGAUUAUACAUAUCAAAGUAGUGAGAGACCAGUGAUAAAUGUAAAGGGAGAUCAACCUGUGUUUAAUAUUCCUGUAUACCAAGAUAAGUAUGUGCGUGAUAAAAUAAUCGAGUCAUCAAAAUAUGAAAUUCAAGAUGUGGUACAACCAAAAUAUUAUAGUCAAGAAACAAAACAUGAUGUACCAACAGUUGAAUUAUUAUACAAAGAAAGAAAAAUAAAUAUACCUCAAGAAAAAAUUUUGGAAAAUCCGGUUGAUGUAGAUAUACCAAUAGGUUAUGUACCAAUCUAUUCACCUAUAUGGGAUGUAAGAGAAAUACCUAGAGUUAUACCCAAAUAUGAAGGAGAGCAAAAGAUUAUAGAGGUAGAAGUACCUCAAAUAAAAUAUAUAGACAAGUAUGUAGAAAAAGAAAUCAUUGUAGAUAUAAAAGAAAAAAUUGUACCUAAAAUUACUGAAAUGGAAAAACAAGUUGAUAUAGUCAAAUAUCAAUGGAAAGAAAAAUAUCAAGAUGUACCUGUAUGUAAAUAUGUACCAAAAAUUGAUGUUGAGUUAGAUUGUCCUCCACCUUUAAUAGUACCAUACCCUGAAGUUCAUUUUCAAAACAUUUCUGAGGUUCUUAAUCCAAAUCAAAAGGCGAUAGAUAUCCCUCCUGAACUAUUAAAAAAUAAUACAUCCUAUAUUCAACAGGCACCUAUUAUGAACAGGGAAGCUUCUGAAAAAAGGCCUUUCUUUGAAUUUGCUCGGUUGAUAUCGAAAAAAGAUAGAAAGCUGGGAAGCCACCAAGGCGACCAGGAAAAAAGCCAAAUAGACAGUUACAGAGAAAUCGAUGGUUACAAAGAAGUCGUCGGUUAUAGAGAAGUUGAGGAUGAUUACGAGGAUAAGAACGACAUUGUGCUAACACCUGAUGGGCAACGUCAAAAUGUAGAGGAUAAGAACAAAAAAACAAAAAAAAAAAAUUGGCUUUUCUGUUCCUUCAACAACUGCAAGGAUCAAAGGGGAGAAACUUCCCUUAAUGACAUAGAUCCACAGACAGGAUAUCCUAAAUCUAUGCCAAAAGAUUUUUCUGCUUUUUUUAAAAAAGAUUUAAAUAAGGUCAAAAAACAAAUGGGUAUAUAUACUGAUACGAAAUCAACAGCAUCAAGUAAUUUUAUAGAGAAAAGUCCUGUCAAUCCUACCAUUGAAUAUGUAGGUAAAAUUGAUAAGCCACCAAUAGAUGGAGGAAAGUUAGAUUCCAUAUCUUUCAAAUUACAUGCAAUUGAAGUACAUCAAUUUAUACCUGUACCUAAUAUGCCUAAACCUAAAUUUCUAGAUUUAGUGCCUCCUGAAAAUUUUGAACAAAAUGAUAUUUCGUCCAUUCAAAAUUUAUUUGGAUCCACUUCUGAGGGUUGGGUUGAUCCUAAAAUUACUGGCUUCAUUGCACCUAUGAUGAAUGACGUUUUACAUGGAAAUGUACAACCACAAAGUCCUUUUUUUAACAAACUCAGUAUUAAUAAUAAUAAAAACCAAACCAAGUCCUUCACGUCCAUACCAGGUGAAAACUGUAAUAGUGAUAACUAUAAAUAUGUUGGAAACUACCAUGGCGGAAUGGACCACACGCAACAAGGCGAUUAUCAAAGUGGAAUGGAUCACACGCAACAAGACGACUACCAAAGUGGAAUGGAUCACAUGCAACAAGACGACUACCAAAGUGGAAUGGAUCACAUGCAACAAGACGACUACAUCAACUAUGACAACAACUCUUCCUUAAACUAUAUAAAUGAAAACUAUGAAUCUCACGAUGCAGUAAUAUAUUAA